CCUGUCACUCUGUCAACCCCCCACCCCUUUCCUGCUUCUGCCUACUCUCGGCCCCACUCAGCUCCCCCACUCAGCUCCUCCUGGCUUCCCUGCUCCACUCGCCUCCGACCCCCGGGGAGAGCAGGCAGAUGUCCACAGGCAUGGGGACCACAGCCGGUGAUCAGGUGGCCCCUGGGGCCCCCCAGCCCACCCACAUCGAUGUGCACAUCCACCAGGAUCCCCUGCUUCUGAACUUCCUGCGGCAGCCUUCUGCCCCCGACUACCCCACCCCCUCCCAGCCCCUGGGCAGCAAGCAGGUGCUCCUGGGCAGCAAGAGGGUGCUGGUGGCCUCCUGGGUGGCGCAGAUCAUUCUGGGGCUGCUGAGUGGGGCCCUGGGAGGCCUCGGCCGCUUCCUAUACUAUGAUGACUGGGUUAUCUGGUUCACCUACGAAGCUGGCAUCUGGACAGGGGCUAUGGCCAUGCUGGCUGGAGUCACUGUCUUCAUUUUCGACAAACGAGGUGGCACCUGCUGGGCCCUGCUAAAGACCCUGUUUGCUCUGGCAUCUUUUGCCACGGCCAUCGCUGCCAUGCAAAUCGGGGCUAGCCACUUGGACUAUUUAUUCUAUUGGCCCAUGAGAUGGUGUGGUCUCCCCAACCCCUGGGAACCCACCCUGCCCCCCAGGGACCCUGAAGAAGCCCGCAGGAAGGACCUCUGCCUGUCCUACCAGUACAUGAUCAAGAACCUGUCCGUAGGCCUUCAGAUCAUACUGUUGAGCAUCUGGGCCCUGCUGCUCCUUGCCUCUCUGGCUCCCGUGUUGCUGUUCUGCUGGAGAAGACUCCGGUCCAAGGUAAAAAAAGACCAGAAGGCACUGCUUGGGAGCGAGUGAAACUCGGCCCUGCCUCUCCUGAGUACUCCCCUCCUGGAGCUCCCUCCGCACCGGUGGUCUGCACAUCUGACUCCUGGAAGAAGAACCAGACCCCGGAAAUGAGACCUUCCACUGGCCCCAGUUGUCCUCGGCCACGGCCCCGCUCCCCCAGCCCCGGCUGUCACAGCGCCUCUCACCCGUUCCCUGCGCACCUUCACCACCCCGCCCCGCUUCAUGUCCCCUCUGGGCGGUGAUGACAAUAAACUCAGGUUGCAGCUCUCA